AUUGGCCGCGUGAGAAGAGGGCGUGGCCGAAGCGGAGAAGAUAUUUUAGCGUAAGAGGGUGGGGCUGAAGGCGAGGGUGGCCUGUUUAGUCGUUUCUCGUCCUCCGACUGUCCGUUAAGACCUAAGAAAUGGACCUUGACUUGCAGUGCCAAGAAUUUGAUGCAUCAAAAUGGAAAGAACUUGUUGAAUCCAUGAAACAGCACAAAACAAUUAGAUUGGAUGACUGCGGUCUGGGAAUUAGCCAUUGUGAAGAUCUUUCUGUUCUUCUGACUACCAACCAAGAACUAACUGAAUUGAAUCUAAGCAACAAUGAACUGGGAGAUGCUGGUGUAGAUACUCUAUGCAAAGGAUUGUUAAACCCCAAUUGCAAACUUCAAAAACUCUGGUUACGAAACUGCAACUUAACUAAAGCUUGUUGUGAGAAGCUUCGUUCUGUAGUUACUAAAUCAUCUCUGACAGAGCUACACCUGGGAGAUAAUAGUUUGGGCACAUCAGGUGGAAAAGCAUUGUGCCAAGGACUUGUGGAUUCCAACUGCCAACUAGAAUCGCUACAAUUACAAUUCUGUGACCUCACAAAGGAAAACAUAGACGCUCUCUGCUCUGUACUGUGUGUCAAAUCAUCCCUGCAAAUGCUCAACCUGAGUAAUAACAAGCUAGGAGAUGAAGCAGUGAAAAACCUCUGCCAAGCCUUGGUGAAGGGCUCUUCUAACCUGCAAUCCCUACAAUUAGAGAGCUGUGAGAUCACACGUGCUAGUUGCGAGGACCUCAGUAGUUUCCUCAGUAAUACCCCAUCCUUGACAGAAUUAUGCAUAGGAGACAACAGUAUUGGGGAUCCAGGACUAGCUAUCCUCUGCCAAGGCGUCCAAACUCCAAAUUGCAAAGUAGAGAAACUAUGGUUGUGGGAAUGCAAUAUCACUGCUGCUGGUUGUAAGGAACUUGCCACAAUCAUUGGCACCAAAGAGACACUCAAGGAGAUGAGCCUGCUGGGAAAUCCUGUGAAAAAUGAAGGAGUAGAAUUUUUAUGUCAAGGGCUGAAGGAUCCAAAAACAAAACUCCAAUCUCUAUGGUUAAGAGAUUGUGAGUUGACUGCGGCUUGCUGCAACAGUAUUAGCUCUGCUUUGAGCGUGAACAGUGUCCUAAAAGAGCUGCAAUUGGGUGGCAAUGACAUUGGCGAUACAGGAGUGAUUGAAAUCUGUGAAGGUGUGAUGAGUCCAAAUUGCAACCUUGAAUCCCUCUGGCUGGGGCAGUCGAGUCUUACAGCAGUUUGCUGUGAUGCACUUGCCAAACUUAUAGUUGAGAAACCUUCUCUACGGGAACUGGAUGUGAGCUACAGCCAAAUAGGGGAUGAGGGUGUGUUGAAGUUGUGUGAAGCGGUGAAAAACCCAAACUGUAACCUGAAAUAUCUAAUCUUGUAUGACACUUAUUGGACUUCCAAAGCAAACAAGGUGGUGAAGGCUCUGGAAGGGCUGAAGUCUGACUUUCAAGUGGUUACAUGAGUGGGGUAGCUUUGCUUGGGACCAUUUCUUGUCUUCUGUUGAUCUUUGUUUUAUAAACCAAGUUACUAGCCCAGUGAUUAUUUUUUUUAAAUUUCAGAGUUAUGGACAUGAUGUGAUGUACCCAAAAAUUCCAUUCCAUGUUAGGAAUAUGAUAAAAUGCUGAGGUAGUUCUGGAGAAAGCUUUUAGGUCUAUAUCAAAUUAAAAUAUAUGUGUAAAACCAGAUUGGUGGGCUUUUUACCAUUUGGAAAAUAAGAGAAAAGAAGAGUAGAACAAAGUAAAACAAAUCUCUUGCCCACUGUUAUAAAGCAAUAAUGUAGAUUGUGUUAAUUUUUCUCAGGGUAGGGAAUAAAAUUCUUUAGAUAAGAUUGACAACAUUGCUCACCUCGAUAGCCAACAAAAUGUAAAUGCAGUUAUUUCAGAUUUUCUGCUGAAAGUAUAAAUGAUCUUAUCUCUCUCAGCCUAUGUAGCUUUAUUAAAUAAUAAAGUUUGUUUGCAAAUAUA